AACGCUUCUAGUGCUUAAUUGAUGCUGAAGCAUCAACAAAUAAAUAUUAAUUAUAGCUGUUAAGCAAACAGCUAAAAAUACUUCCUGGCCCAUGACCAAACAAAUGGAAACCAAAUAACGAUUCACACGCAUAAAGGGACGGCGACGCCACAAUACUGCAAGCCAAACAACUGGCCGUAGCAAAGACCUCAAAGACUACAAUGCUGGACUUCGGCUGGCAGACGACGAGCACCACAUCAGUGAGCAUGUUAUCUGGCUACGAGGAUUCCGACGACCCCAGCACAACCACCAGCAGCACCCCAAACCCCACCACCACUGGCGGUCUGGAGGGCGAAAGCUGGAACAAUUGGAGCAGCUAUACCUACGCGCCGGCCAUGCUCUACAAUGCUAUGGCCUCGACGGUUAAUCAAACAUCCCUCUUCGAUUUAAGUCAAGACCAGCUCCACUCGAACAGCAGCGGCAAUCUAAGCAAGAUCCUAUCAACGAGCGCACCAGGUCUGAUCUCGGGCGAGCAGGAGGAGGCGGCGGGCACUACGUUUGCAUUCGUCCUACCCUGGUGGCGUCAAGUGCUCUGGACCCUGCUCUUCGGAGGGAUGGUUAUCGUGGCAACAGGCGGCAAUUUAAUUGUCGUUUGGAUUGUGUUGACUACGAAGCGUAUGCGGACAGUGACCAACUAUUUUAUAGUGAACCUCUCAAUUGCCGAUGCCAUGGUUUCCAGCCUGAACGUUACAUUCAACUACUACUACAUGCUGGACAACGACUGGCCAUUUGGCGAAUUCUACUGCAAAGUAUCGCAAUUCAUCGCCAUGCUGAGCAUAUGCGCAUCGGUGUUCACCCUAAUGGCCAUAUCAAUCGACAGAUAUGUGGCAAUAAUGAAGCCAUUGCAGCCACGAAUGAGCAAGCGACGCAAUCUCGCGAUUGGAGCCAUCAUCUGGCUGGCCUCAACCGUCAUCGCGUGCCCCAAUCUCUUGUUCUUUCGCACCGAGGAGGUGCCAGUCGAGAACACCACGCGCAUUGUUUGCUACCCAGAGUGGCCCGAUGGGACAACCAACUACUCACAACAGGAAUCAAUCUACAACAUACUCAUCAUUUUACUCACCUACUUUCUGCCCAUCAUCUCAAUGACCGCCACCUAUUCACGCGUUGGCAUUGAGCUGUGGGGUUCGAAGACCAUUGGCGAGUACACGCCCCGACAAGUGGAGAAUGUGAGAAGCAAGCGGCGGGUGGUCAAAAUGAUGAUUGUGGUCGUGCUGAUAUUCGGCGUCUGUUGGCUGCCUUUCCACACCUACUUCAUUGUAACAUCCUGUUAUCCGGACAUUACGAAAGCGCCCUUCAUACAGGAGGUGUAUCUGGUUAUCUAUUGGCUGGCCAUGAGCAACUCCAUGUAUAAUCCGAUUAUAUACUGUUGGAUGAAUUCACGUUUUCGCUUCGGCUUCAAGAUGUUCUUCCGCUGGUGCCCCUUCGUACACAUUGGGUCCGAGUCAUUAAAUCGGCGCGACAACCUUACCUCGCGCUACUCCUGCUCCGGCUCCCCCGAUCACAAUCGCAUCAAACGGAAUGACACGCAAAAGUCGAUUCUCUAUACCUGCCCCACCUCCCCGAAAUCUCAUCGAGUCUCACACUGCGGUGUGCUGCGAAGCUCUACACUGCGCUGUUCUUCAGCGACCAGCCAGCAGGAGGCUCUGCAGCGGCAUUCCACGCCAGUUGAGCACUUCAGCGGCGGUGCUGGUGGCGGUGGCGGUUCCAGCCACAAGUCAACAUAUCAGCAUGAGAUGCAGGGCCUUGGAAGUGGCAGCAGCGGCCACAGAGGCAAGCAGCAGCGCUGGUGCAGCAGCGUAACCAACGGUCUGUCUGCUGCAACGGAAUCUCGCACCACACAACUGAUGUCCUGACAGGUGGGGGGAGCGUCGUCGCAGCCGCCGCCUCAUGUGGGGGGUGCAGAGCUGAGCGGCGCCGCUGUGGAAAUUGUCUGCACUCCGCCCCACAACAACAAUUAUCGGCGCAUCAACAAUGGCGACUCGGCCACCACAAAUCCAGCAUUUGCCGCAGAUGACAAAACCUGGCUCUAGGCUAACCACUUGCCGACGGCGCAGGUCUCGAAUUUAUUUAUAGGCCUCAUUCAAAACUCAAACCGUUUAAUGGGUUUGUAGGAUAAGGUUUUAUCUGUCAACCAGAAAUACACAUAAAUGUAAACAAACCCACUAGUUAAAUAACACUUCGAAGCAACUCAUUCCUUCGGUUUCCUGCAUUCGCAGCUCGAGACCACUUACAAUACAAUACUCGUACAUUAUGGUGAUGUUAGGCCAGAUCUUUGAUCAAAGUAAAUGCCAACUCGUUUUGAACAAUACUCAGUACAGGACAGAUCAAAAUCUGACUAUAUAUUGAGAAAGUAAUGUUUCGGUUUGAUUACAGAUUACAAUUUACAACUCAAUAAAGGCAAUGUACAAUAUAGAUUUUUUAGUAAAAGACGUUCAGUAGACGUACUCUAAAAAUAUCAUUUUCUAUUUCUCUCACUCCCUUACUUCCUCUAUCCCCAUCUCUGUCUUGGUCUUUUAUUGUAUUAACUACUUAACUAUCGUUUGAAUGGCUUUCCACCCGCAUAAGGCUUUCGUCGCGAUUAAUCAUUUGAUGCAUUUUUUGU